AUGCUUGGUCUUAUGAACAACGUCGCACUUGACGGUGGAACAGCAGAUUUAUAUGCAGCCCCAAAACGGCAAGACGAAAGCCCAGUGUUUGAACAAGUCAACAAAAAACCAAAAGUCACAUAUCUUAAAGAUGGGCGUAAAAUCGUUGAUGGAAAAGUCCAAGAAAUUCAGAAGUCUGAUUGCUUAUGGAAUUCACUGCUGAAGAGAUCUGUCGCAAAUCAGCUUCAAAAGAAUGUCAAAAUUGCAGAAGGAAAAAUGAAAUGA